UGUCAUAUGUCAUUGUAUGAAGUGUUAAAAAAUAAAAUUGUUGUUGAUGAUUGGUCUGUAUGUAUAGAGAAAUUUGUUUUUCUACAGGAAUUGAAUAGGCAAUAAAAUAAAAUGAGACUCACAAAAGUACAGUUAACAAUUUCAUCUUAUAUCUUUUUCCUUGUACUAUUUGGAGUUAUAUCCAGUAGUUCUCGAGCCGAAGAUGUACCAUUAUCCAAGCUUAGUCAAAAUGUUGGUACUCCAACCAUGAAAUUCUUAUAUUGCUACUCAUGUGGUUAUAAGAAAAUGUUCGAUCAAUAUUCUGCUCUUAUAAAUCAGAAGUACCCCUAUAUUCUUGUUGAUGGAAUGAAUUAUGAUCCUCCCGGAUUGAAUAUGUUAUUAGCCAGAAUGUUGGGAGGAUUGAAGAUGAUUAUUAUUCUGUGCAUACUGGGUGGUAUCAACAUUUUUGAAUAUGUCAAUCAACCAAGGCCUUCUUGGUGGGUGUGGUGUACAGAAAAUAAAUUAUAUGCCUGCAUGAUGUUGUUUUUUCUGAGCAACAUAAUAGAAGGGCAGCUUAUUCAGUCUGGAGCAUUCGAAAUAACACUGAAUGAUGUUCCAGUUUGGUCCAAAUUAGAAACGGGCCGUAUUCCGCAACCUGCAGAAUUAUUUCAGAUUAUCGAUAGUCAUAUGCAAUUUGGCAAUAAGAUAGAAUUAAAUAAUUUUGCUAAAUAAUUUAGCAAUCUAGAUUUCAAUAAAUUUCUGUAAUAAAUGUACAUUGUAAAAUAUAAGACACAUUUUAAUAAAAGUUUAAGUAUA